UACAAGGUUAACAACAAGGUUGAUUCCGACUGUGCGAUAUAUGGACCAUCACAUUCCAGUAACGUCACGGACCGGUACUGGCGCGACAAAAUAUUAAAACAUGCUUUCCAAAUGAGAUUGUCGACAGUAAAAAUGUUUAAAAACAAGAAUCUGUAUAGAGUUAUAUUGAUCUUAAAUGAAAACCUAAUUUUGCAAAAACCAAAAACAAGUUGUAUGGAAGGGCGAAAAUCUCAAGUAACGUUGCAGAACUUACUGACAACGAGUGUAUAUAAUUCGAGGAACGCAACUGAUGAUUCCAGAUAGAUUUGUAUAGUCUCUUGUAUUAGACUGCACAGGAGCUCAAGUUGUCUUACGAAAAGUAUUUCAAGUGACAUUGACGUUACUUGAAGCUUUUCUUAACGAUUGAUUUUGCAAUUCAAGAUUCAAACGAAUUAAUACAUCAAACAUGAAAUAUUUAUGUUUGGUGCUUAUAACUAUUAUAAUAUACUCAGAAGGAAGAUCGCAGAACAAACCACCUGUCCAAAAUGGUUUUUUAAACUUUCUCUUUCCUAAGGAUCCUGGUUUAGUGAGAGUAAGGAAAAUGGGUCGAACCGAAGAAAUGGACUAUGGAAAAAUAUUGGAUUUUAUUGGUCUGGUAGAACAAUAUGGUUAUCCCGCUGAAGAACAUAAUGUUACAACUGAGGAUGGUUACAAUUUGAAAAUACACAGAAUACCUGGAAGUCCAUUAUUGGGUAACAAGAAUAAAAAAGAAAUUGUGUUCAUCCAACACGGUCUUUUGGCUUCAUCUGAUAGCUGGGUACUGCAGGGCCCUGGUAAAGACCUUGCAUAUUUAUUAGCAGAUCGUGGAUAUGACGUAUGGAUUGGAAAUGUAAGGGGAAAUAGUUAUUGCAGAUCACAUAUGAAUAUGACGGUAUACGAUCCCAAAUUCUGGCAGUAUAGCUUUCACGAGAUUGGAACAAAAGAUCUGCCGGCCAUGCUUAAUUACGUAUUAAAUCAUACAAAGCAAAAAGAUUUAUACUAUAUCGGUCAUUCAAUGGGAGGCUCUACUUUACACGUUCUUUUGUCCUUAAAACCAGAGUACAAUAGGAAAAUAAAAAUGGCUAUUUGUCUGGCUCCAGCUGAUUUGUGGACGAAAGUAUCACCUGCAAUGAAAGAAUUUAAGAACAUUUUUCUAACAUGGAAGGAAGUUCUACAGGAACAUGAAAUAUACGAUUUUUUACCCCAAUCUCUAGCGACUGUUACGAUAGCAAGAUUGUUAUGUAGUGAUAAUGCAAUAACUCAAAGUAUUUGUGUCGCUGCAGUAUUCUUAGUUAGCGGUUCUGAUCCAGUACAACUUAACACUACAACCCUGCCAGAUCUCCUGUCCUAUUUUCCAGCUGGUACUUCUAUACAAACAAUAGAGCAUUUGUGUCAAAGCAUGGGUAUAAAUGAAUUUCGAAUGUAUGAUUAUGGCGUGGCUGAAAAUUAUAAGCGAUACAAACAGAAAAUACCCCCAAAUUAUGAUCUCAACAACAUUACUGCUCCAAUAAUAUUAUUUUACUCAGAAAAUGAUAUGCUUGUUCCCAAAGAGAACUUGCUAGAACUUAGCAAACGCUUGCCAAAUGUUCUUCUAAUUGAGGAAGUUCCAUUUAAAUUAUUCACGCACUUUGAUUAUUUGAUAGCAAACGAUGUAAAAACUCUUUUGUACGACCGUAUGUUGGAACUAAUACAAAACUUUGAUACUAACUAAAAUAAAUGUAUGAAAUUUAAAUUUAAUCGAGGAAGGUAAAUUAAAUAGAAUGUAAAUUAAAUAGAAAGAAAUCCUAGUCUCUUUAUAUAAAAUGUUAAAAUAAUCAUAGAAUUGCUAAAAAAUUGGCAAUUUACCAAUAUAAAAUUAUUAAUUUUAAGAAUUAGCCUAAUUAUAAAUUAGCCUAUGUUAGUAAGAUUAAAUAUAGAACAUUAUGAAACU